AUGGGGAAGCUGAAGCUUGCGAGGACCGGAACAGCCCAGCACAGAGCCUUUGCGCAGUUGAACGAUGCCUGGCUCCAGGCUGCUUGCCAGAAGCGCGCUCUGACCCCAACCACACAGACGGAGAGGGAGAGUCUCAGAGUGAUGUGGUGGCAUCUCGAGGCCACUGCGAGCACGGCGCUGGGCGCCGAGUCGAAGGGAGAUCGCCCCCAGCUUCUGAGGCAUCAGCGUUCGCCUGAGGCCCUUUCAGCCGCAGGGCGCUGCCCCGGGAGCGUUGCAUGGUCUGGCUCAGGUGUAAAGUCAGCAGCUUCCAGACUUCUAGUCGCAGUCCAGUCCGCUGUGAGGCGCCCAUGCUUCUACCGGUUCCCCUCCUUCCACAGAGCGGAUCCCAGUUUCUUCAGAGCGGCGCCCGCGCGUCUGGUGACUCGACCUGGGACCUCGAGGCUGAGACCACCGGCUCUCCGUGACGGCCUCGGGCCCAAGUCCCGCACCGGCGCCGCCCGGGUCGCCGGGGUCGCCAGAGCUGGCCGCAGCCUCAACCGGCCUUGGAGCCAGGGCCGAGCAGCGGGGCGGGGGGUCGCCUUAGGCGAGUCUGCUGUCCGGGAGCAAGGGAUCGGCAAAGGCUUGCAGGUCCUGGCAGCCAAGGGCGUCUUGCCGGGCCUUCUCGGCAAAGGCGGAAACGCCUCGGCUUCGGCGCCGCGAGGCUUCAAAGGCCCUUCUGCGCCGCCACCGCCAAGCACGCUGGCGCCAGCGCAGCCAGCGGGGUCCCCGUCUGCAGCGGACCCCUUCCUGAGGGAGGUGCAAGACUUCAUGGAGCGCUGGGAUCUGGAGAAGCGCUUCGAGCCGAAGCUGGUGGCCUACCUGAAGCGAACGGGGGCGCCCCCUCUUCAGGAAGAGCUUCAGCGGCUGGAGCAGGAGCUUCGGCAUGCUGGCGUGCCCCCUGUCUGUCGCUCGGGAUACCUGCUGGUGGUCUUCGGGGAGGUCAGCGAGAAGAGCACCGACGAAGACUUCCGGUACCUUCUCACGGGGAAGCCAAAGGAGGGCGGGAGGGACGGCUCCCCAUCGCCGGAGAAGCGCAAGGAAGACGCAGGAGACCGGGACAAGAGCACGGGCACAGGAGCCAAGCCCUCGAACGACCGUAUCGGCGUCCCCGAACGUGCGAACUCCGAGCGUGGGAACUCCGAGCGCGAGUCGCGCGGGAACGGGAACUCCGCAGGUGUUCCUCCUCUGUCCGAGGCUUGGAUGAACGAGGAGAUCGAUUCCACCUGCAUGCGCUUCAAGCUCGACGAGACAGUGCGGAACCGUCUCACAAACGCCAUGAGAGGUCGCGCAGUCACCUUCAAGGAGGACAUGCGGACCUUGAACGAUGUCAUGCGAGCUGCCAAGCAUCCAAAAGGUGCUGUGCAGCUGAAACUCCGCGAGAUCGAGCGCGGGACUUUCUCGGCGCGCAGCUACUCGCCCCUUGGACCGACGCCUGCUGAGAAGCAGGACAUGGAGCGUGCUGCCAAAGAGAAGGCCGAGAAGGAGGGCGGCCUCGGGGGCGAGCGCAAAGAGGAGGCGACGGAACGGCGUUUCGAGGCGACCGGCGGCGGUCGCCGGCGGAGGAGCCGCUCCCAUCGCUCCCGUUCCCGGAGGCGCUCCGAGCGCGACUGA